AGAGAGGAGUAUUUAAAGAAAGAGGGAACACAAGGAAGAUACAGAGGUACAGAUUAAGAAAGCAAGACAGGAAGAGUGGAUGGAUGUAUAGACUGGUCAGUGGAUCUGAAGGAGUACCAUGUUUUGGCAGGCGAACCCGUCCGGGUCAAAUGUGCCUUGUUCUACAGCUACAUCAGAACAAACUACACCAUGGCCACCAACGCCAAGCUGCGCCUCAUCUGGUACAAGAACAAAGGAGAUGCAGAGGAGCCCAUCAUUUUCUCAGGCCACAGGCUGAGUAAAGAAGACGACUCCAUCUGGUUCCGAUCUGCUGAAAUGGAAGACAAUGGAUUCUACACCUGUGUUUUAAGGAACUCAACAUACUGCAUGAAAGUCUCCAUGUCGAUGACGGUGGAGGAGAGUGACGAGGGGAAAUGCUUCAGCAGCAAAAUCCGCCAUCUGGAGAAAGCUGAGAUCACCCACAGCAAAAUGAUCACCUGUCCUGAUAUAGAAGACUAUAUGGCUCCGUACAUACAGCCACAGAUGACCUGGUAUAAGGAGUGUGAGCGGGUUGAGUGGAGAAGUUCCAUCACUGUGAACACCACACACAUCUGGAUACCUGAGGUGGAGGAGGGUGACGGGGGAAAUUACACCUGUGAGUUACAGUAUGGAUCGAGACUUGUGCGGCGGACAACACAACUCAAAGUGACAGCUCUCCAAACCACUCAGCCUCCCAAGGUCCUUUUCCCCCCAGAGAGGCAAGACACAGUGAUAGAAAUCACACCUGGUAUGCCUCUUAGUCUGGACUGCAAGGCAUUUUUUGGCUACAGUGGAGAAAACAGACGGCCCAUCAUCUACUGGAUGAAAGGGGAGAAGUUUGUGGAAGAACUAGCGGGACACAUUAAAGAAAGUGAAGUCAGGAUCUUGAGGGAGCAUUUAGGGGAGAAGGAAGUGCAGUUGUCCUUAAUGUUUGAUGCUGUGGAGGAGGCAGACCUGGCCAACUACACCUGUUAUGUGGAGAACCAUAUAGGAAGGCGCAGCGGGAGUGCUAUUCUGCAGAAGAAAGACAUGUAUCGCCUGGAGUUGGCUGGUGGUCUCGGGGUCAUAUUGCUGCUUCUGGGAGUCCUAACGGCACUUUACAAGUGCUACAACUUGGAGAUCAUGCUCUGCUACAGGAGGCACUUUGGGAGUGAUGAAACUGAAGAUGAUAAUAAGGAGUACGAUGCCUACCUGUCCUAUACUAAAGUGGACCUGGACUCUCUGGGCAGGACGAGCAGCGAUGAGGAGACGUUUGCGUUGGAGAUCCUGCCAGAUGUUCUGGAGAAACAUUACGGAUACAAGCUGUUUAUACCAGACAGAGAUCUAAUACCCAGCAGUACCUAUAUCGAGGACUUGGCUCGCAGCGUGGAGCAGAGCAGACGUCUCAUCAUCGUUUUGACCCCAGAGUUUGUCGCCAAAAGAGGGUGGAGUAUCUUCCAGAUAGAGACACGCCUCCAUUCUAUGUUGGUCACCGGGGAGAUCAAGGUGAUCAUGAUAGAGUGUGCCGACCUGAAGAAUGUCAUCAACUAUCAAGAGGUUGAAGCACUGAAACAUACGAUCAAGGUUUUAUCCAUCAUCAAGUGGAGGGGUCCUAAAAGCAAUGAGCUGUCCUCUAAGUUUUGGAAACAGGUGGUCUACGAAAUGCCUGCUAAACGCAGAGAGACAUUGUCCAGACGCCAGGUAAUGGACUCCGGUGAACAGGGCCUCUUUGGUGACCUACAGACCACCGUCUCCACCAUUGCCAUGACAACCACCUCUGCCUCUCUGGCACCCCCUAAUGAGAGUCGCCAUGGGCAUCAUCAGAUUGCCUUGGCAACAGAGAUCCCGGACUACAACCAGAUGACCUUGCCACUGGGAGGGGGACACACGGCUACAGCUGCUCAAAUGAGGCAUUUCUGCCGCAGCUACGAGUUCCAGCUUCCCCCACAACCUUCCUCCCUGUCGCCUCCUCUCCCACCUCCCUCCACAGUGCAGUUCUCCACUCUGGGCCCAGGGGGGCGCCAUGUCUAUUGUAACAUCCCCAUGACACUGCUGAAUGGACAGGUUCCUCAGAGCAGUACGCUUGGGAAGAAGCCAGAACUCCACCUGAACAGCACCUUCGUACCGCUUACCAGCAGAGAACUAAGCUCUGACAUCUGGUAGAUGUGCUCAACUGGUACUAGAUACAGACCGGUUUACAGACUGCUUUUUCACUGGCCUUGGAUGUGAGGUAGACUGGUUGGUCAACUGGUUUUCAUUGGGUUUUUGGACUGUGUACAGACUUGGUGUCAGGAGAGACUUGUUGUGGACUCGUUUUGAGCCAUUUCAUCCCAUGCUGUGAGCAACAGACUUCUUAAAGACUGCCUAAGUCUAAGAUUCACAUUUGUAAUGGCUGCAGAUUUCUUACAAACAGAUGGAUUCAGAUUGUAAAACUGAUUGACUCACUGCAUUUGGACUUUCCAACUAGUUACAGACUGAUAAACUGAUAUGUAAGAUGUGUAGCCAUGACCAUUUUAAGGAAUGCUAUUAUACAACGUGACUGGUCAAAUGAAUUUGACUGGAGAGAGUUUAUAGACAGAUGUGGACGUAUGGAUAUAAAGAACUGAAAAGGUCCAGGAUACUUAAGCGACAAUUAAGUAUCCACAGACAAUAGAACUGUUUGUCGAACAAGCUACCACAUUGGACCUUGGAGCACAAUAAACGCAAGUAUUUCGUAAUCACGGACAACUCGCACACCAGCUGUGAAAACCAGUUGAUUUGUCACCUGCUUAACUACUCGGAAAUAUCGGUCUACUGAAAAGCAAAAAGUAGCGUGAAUGCCAGUCAAUCUCCUACCUAGAUGAGUUCUCCGAAUAUCCAUCUACCUGUUGACUAGGUGGUUUGUCAGUAAACAAGGCAGAUUUCAAGCAAUGAUUUUGGAAUACCAGUCCACCUUAAAACAACAAGUCAACCUCUUGAAAUGCAACUCCUGGCUGGCUAGCUAGCUAGCUACCUAGCUACCUGGUUUGGCUUGCAGAAGCUGAAAUGGUUGACUUUCUGAGAUGGUUGACUGGAAGAAAUUCCAGCAAGAUAAUAAGAAGUGACGCAUAAAGCAAUGGCUAAAACUCAUUUUACUGAGAAAACACAGUUAGCUGGAGUCAGUGGAAGCUAGCUAGUUGUGUAAACUAGUUGACUAAAAGGCUAGUUACUUCUUGAGCUAGGAGGAAGAAAACCAGCCAGCUCAUCACCUUGUAACCCAGUUAACAGCAACCAGUCAACUCGUCAAGAGGCGAAGUGGCAAAGAGGUGAACUACCAACUUUUACCACCGAGCUAAAAGCAUAAAGGACUUGGCUUUUUCUAUUUGCAUGACCACCCAUUUAGAUAAAAAAAUAAUCAAAUAAACAUAGAUAAAAGAGUAAAUGACACAGUCAUUUGUCGCAGCCUCUUUUCAUACGGAGGAGAAUAAACGUCUUAUGUUGAUACGGUAUAUUUGUUUUCUGUCCAGCCAUGAAGUAUUGAUAAAAACUGAUAAAGGGAAAAAAGGAGGUGUCCCUCCAAAAACAUGUUUAUUAUUUAUUUUGUGUUGUUUCAUUAAAAAGUUUAUCCUUUUAGAAGUUUGGUGAGAAUUUUUACCAGGCUUUGUUUUUUAAUAUUUGUUUGUUAUAAUAAUCUCUGUACAGCUUCCAUAACUUAUGCAUAGACCUAUACAUGACAGUGAUUUGUUCCCUACAUUUUCUGUUAAACACCCACAUUAAGUGUGUGACCCAAAGUGUGACCCAGAGCCGCUUUUUGCUUUCAUUCUUUUCAUCUUUUUGUCGAUGGAUGGAUGGAUGGAUGGAUGGAUGGAUGGAUAGAUGGAUGGCAGUACAACACUGCUAACAGACUGAUGUUUUAAACCCAUCACUCUGGAAUUGAGACCACUACCAGUCAGCCAAAGGGGGCUUCACUGCAGAAAAAGCCGGACUCCAAGCUGAAACAGACCAACUUCUUCUUUGUGAGCUUUAAAAAAAAACAAGAUUAUUACCAUAAUAUUUAAGCAAAGUGAAUAAUGUUUUGAAUUUACACAACGGUACUGUCAUUGUCUUAUUAGAACCAAUGAAUUCUGGAUAUUUGAGAUUGUUUGAUACAAUAAUUAAUUAUUUGAGUUGUUAUAUUCGAUGGCAAUAUACAGUAUAGUGGUUGUCUUUUGAUUUCUGCUCAUUUCUUUGACUAUUCUUUGGAUAUAUUGGUUGAAAUAAUUUAACUGAGAGCAAAUAAAAAGUAUAUGAGUUGUUUUA